GCCGGAGAUUAUCUUAUCUGUUCAUAUCCACAUGUGGAACCACUGGGUGAGAUUUUAAUGAAGCACUAGUAUUGUUAGGAAUCAGCACCCAUCCGAAGCUGAAUAUUUUAUUUCGAAAAAUGAAUCCGGUUUUUAAUUUAAGUUGUGUCCUGCUGGUGGCGAUUGUGUUGGCAGGGUUGUCAGAUGUCGAAGGAGCUAAGAUAGGUCGCAAGUCGGUCCAUCUCACGUCAAGGGUAAAAUGCGACCCGAAUGUGCUCAACUCGCCGGAAGUUCUUGCGAUGGUUGAAUUUCGCAGACGUCUGAAUGCUCACCAACGGAAUAAUUCCGUCACAUUAUCCUCAAAAACCAUUGGAAAACGAGAAGCAGUCGACUGUCACUUCGAACAGUGUCAGGCAAAUAUUUGCCCAAAUGGUUGCGACCAAUGUCAAGGUGGAGUCGGAGAAGUUUGCUUAUUCGAUUGCGGAUUAGAACCCCACGAGGUUUUCUGCGACUGCUUCUACACGUGCAGCUCCUGCAGGAGACGUGACAUCGAACCUUGCCCUGGGGCCACAUCCUACUCUGUCCCUGAUUUUUGCUGCGAUGAUGAAUUCGUCGGUACUUCAUCGACAGCUGAGCAAUCCUCCACGACAACAUCAGGCACUACUCAGACAACACACUCAACACCAGCAAAAACCACUUUCCAACAAACUCCGGAAGCAACAACAUUUUCUGAAACACCAACAACAACUACUACUACUACCACCACCACCACCACCACACGUCCACCACCCACGACAACCGAGGGUUCGAUUUCGACGACCCCGCAAAACCCGGACAUGAUGAAUUCGUCGGCACUUCAUCGACAGCUGAGCAAUCCUCCACGACAACAUCAGUCACUACUCAGACAACACACUCAACACCAGCAAAAACCACUUUCCAACAAACUCCGGAAGCAACAACAUUUUCUGAAACACCAACAACUACUACUACCACCACCACCACCACCACCACCCCACGUCCACCACCCACGACAACCGAGGGUUCGAUUUCGACGACCCCGCAAAACCCGGACCAGGAAAGAUGAAAAACUGUUGAAGCUGAAGCCCUUUUGUCCUUUUGGGAAACUCAAGGAGUUUUCCGGAAAGAAUAGGAUUCCUAUUAAAAGACGAAAAAAGAACCGCUGCUUCAUUGAAAAGCUUGGUUCAUCACUCUUGAUCAAUGAGAAGGCUCCAGAUGCGAUUACCACCAUUUUCAAGAAGAUUCUUGCGAUACUUUCACGAGUAUAG